UAUAAUAAUAUGGCAACGUUGUGUUUUAAAAUAGAACAUCCUCAUUUUGUGUGCCUCCAUCAAGUCAGAGAAGAAAGAGCUCUGUGAUUGUUCUAGGGUUUAACAAAAAGAGACAAAGGCCAUUGGCGCUCAUUCUAUGGUUUUACUUUUACAAACGCCUCUGUUGGACUUGGAGCUCUGAUUCUAUACCAAAACUAUGGCUUUCUGGGGAGUUGAAGUAAAACCCGGGAAUCCUUUCAAACAUGAACAUGAUGACACAAAAGGACGCCUUCACUUAUCAAUGGCAACACUGGGGCUUGGUACUGCCGAAGGAAGAAGUAUACUUCAGUGCAAUAUAGGAAACAAGAGUCCUGUUUUUCUUUGCACUUUAUAUCCUGUGAAUUCUGAGUCGCUGCAAGUGAAUUUGGAAUUCGAGGAGGCUGAUGAUGUCGUUUUCUCAGUGCUUGGUCCUCGGAGUAUUUUCCUUUCUGGUUAUUAUGUGAGCACUAGCCAGCAAGAACCCUGUGGAGAAGAUAUUGCUGACACAGAAACAGAUUUAUCCAAGAAUAGUGAUGAAGACGAGUACGAGAAUAGUUUUAUUGACGAUGAUGAGCCAGAAGUCUAUCCACCUUCUCCCAUUUCCAAUGAUGAAAAGGAAAUGUUGCAUAAUGAGAAACCCAAGAAUGGGAAGGGCAGCUGUAGAUGGCUUAGGAAGAGCUACCAAAUGAGUGACUCUGAUGAUGGGGGAUGUUCUCAACCAAAAAAUAUAGUCGAUGGUAGUAGCAGUGAGCCAGUAUUACAAAGUGAAGAUAAGGACAGCUUCCCCAUUGUAGUUCUCUACAAGAGCAAAACCACCACAAAGAAAUCUACUGAGGAAGUAAAAAGCAAAGCUGACGAGGGAACAGGUGGAACCGGUGACAAGAAGACAGAAGAUGAUGUUAAUCAUGCCAUUGAACCAAAAAUAAAAGCUGACAAUGUGAUUGUAGAUGCUCAGCCAAAAAUGCAAUCUGACCCGCCAAUCAAUUCAAUGCCAUCUGCUUCUGAAGUAAGCCCCGAAAAUGGUGCAAAGCCAAAGAGGAAAAGAAAAGAGCGGUUUAAGGAGGAGAAACCUCUCAAGGCUGAUAAUGCUAACUGUAGUAAUAUUCUUAAAGAGGAUAAAGCCCCUAGAGAUGAGGCAAGGGUUGAUAAUAUGGGGCAAGAUAUGUGUAUGAAAAAUGGACAGGAGUGGGAGGCAGCCAAUGGCAAGGGAGUUGAACUUCCAGAUACUGUUUCACUGCCUUCCAUUGAAGCGAGCCCUGAAGAUGUUGAAAGGCCAAAGAAGAGAAAGAAAAGACUAACAAAGGAAGGGAAGAAAUAUGAAGCUGAGCAUAAGCAUAGCACUGUUGUUGAAGACAAUAACACCCAACAAAAUGACAAGGAAGCUGAACUGCCUGAAAAUCUUUUGCUGCCUUCCGCUGAAGUUGGCUCUGAACCUGGUGAAAAGCUUAAAAAGAAAAGCAAACAACGGGCAAGGGAUGUGAAAGCUUCUAAAUCUGACAGUAAUCAUGAAAAUGUUGUCAGAGAGGAUGGAGCUCAGCAAAACAGGGCAAAGGCUGAAGACAUUGUCCUUGGUCUGCCCGUGACAUUCAAACAAAAUCCAAAUCCAGCCAAUUACAAGAGUCUUGACAGCAAUUCUCAUGUAUUUGCUGAUGAAAAUCAUUCUUCGGGCAAAAAUAUUAAGAAGAAGAAAAAGAAUAAAACCCAGGAGAAUGGGAAAGAUUUGAACAUGAAUACAUCCCUUCUGUCAGUGGACAAGAAAGCUGAUGACAAGUCAUCUCAAGUUUGGACCUUGUCUAAUGGAUUAAUCCUUGAGGUGCUAGAAAUGGGGAAACCAGACAGCAAAGUAGCUGUGUCAGGGAAAAAGAUCAGUGUCAAUUACAAUGGAAAGUUGAAAAAUAAUGGAGAAUCAGUUGACUCGAAUGAUGGUGAUGCUCCCUUUAAGUUUCGCCUAGGUGUGGGAAAAGUUAUGGAGGGUUGGGACAUUGGUAUUAAUGGUAUGCAAGUUGGUGAAAAGAGAAGACUUAUCAUCCCACCAUCAAUGGGAUACGGGAGUAAAGGGCAUGGUGAAAAUGUACCACCGGAUUCAUGGCUGGUGUAUGAUGUUGAAUUGGUUAAAGUACACUGAUUGACUUGCUUCAUUGCUUGUGGUGCUGUCUGAUCUCUCAGUUUAUUUUACUUUGAUAAUGUUGUUUUUUGUUAAAAGUACAAAAUAUGGGGGUACCUAAACAAAUUGCUUGCUGGCGUUUUGUUUUCUGUUCAUAGCUUUUUAGGAUGAAAUUAGCCAGCUGUUGUAUCUCCCUUAUAGUUGCUCUAGCAUGACCAAUUUUGUACAUGGUACUUUAACUUCGUGACCUAUUGGUAAAAAGUUGCUUGGUCAUGGUUUGCAAAAGAAACGAAGGCUUGAUAUUGGUGCAGCCAAGCCCAAAAUAAAUUAUGACAAACAUUUCAACU